AUGGCCGCCUGCGCCUCCGCCUCGCCUCACCGUCAAGAAGGCCGGGCUGUCAGUGCACCACGCCCUUAUAGCCACGGAGCGACCUUUGCAGGCAACGGGACCGCCACAGUCAGCAGCACUGCAGCCAGCACAGGCACGGCCACCUCCUCGACUUCAAGCACCACUGGCACGUCGUCCGGAGCCAUCACGACCCCAACUACGCCUCUUACCGUCGUUGCCUCUCGGAGUGGCUCGCCCAUCCACUUCCUGCCCAUAAAUGCGGCUGGUUUGCGCCUUUAUCUGGGCGGCCAGACUCUUUCAUACUGCCCAGACAUCGUGGACGACCUCGGGGCGUGCCCACCUGGUAAUGAGACGGCGUUUUCACUCUGCAAUUUGGCUGUCAUUGUUCCUGGAGGUCAGCAAUUGUACGUCACCCCUCGAGGUGAGAUCGGCUACACCCAGGCGCACUCAAGUUUCAUGCCCAAUGGAUCGCUGCCGUGCCCGUUCACAUACUACAAAGCACCGGGCGCUCCGCUUGGGCUUCUGAGCACCCAGGCAUUUGGAGCGGAUGGGUUAAUGGCAUGCCCGACGGAUGGAGAUGCCUGGCAGGUCUUUGCAAACCUGAGGAACGCCACUGUGCCCCAGGGCAAUGUAUCGCAAUGCUUGGGCUUUGACGGCCUGGCCCUCGAUUACCCCGAGCUCUUUGCUGCAUGGCAGUACACUUGA